UCCCCGCCCCGCUGUCCCCCACGCCGGGCCCGGCCGGCCGGUCAGGUGCAGGCACGGCCAGGGCGGUGGGGCAGAGCCCCCGGCCCCGCUCGGGGGAGGUCCAUGGUGGUUGGGAGGGGAAAACUGUUAUUUUGGGUUUUGUUAAAAUCGCAGUGUUUGGCGUGGGCUUGUCUGCCUGGUUUCCGUACACCCUGGCUGGUGGCACUGAGCUGCCUGGGUUACUGCUCGCCUUCUGCCUCACCGAGGUGUAUGAGCUUCCACCGGUAUUUCUGGAGGGCUCCUCUGAGAUCCACCGAGCUUCAGGGCUUUCUGCGCUGUCUCUGGGCUGGGACGUUCGCGGCCUGCUUGUGGUACUGCACGUGGAGCCCUUUGGCUCCGUAGAGCCUGGCGGGGCUCCAGCGGGUGUCCGGCUCAUUGGGCCAAUGCUUGGGUUUCUCCAUCUUGUGUUUUAUUUUCCCUGUGUGAGAACGUGCUUUUGCAUACCUCAGCGGAACCCGCACGUCGUGUGGCAGGUUGGCAGUGUCAGCCCUGUAAUUUUUAGCUGAGGUGCCUGUACCCUCUAGAUUUUCUGAGUGUACUGGGCCAAAGGUUUAGUUUGAACUUCUGGAGGUGUGAAGACAUGCAGAAUGCUCCAGUUGCAUAGUGCAUGCAGCUCUAGCAAAGUGAAUCCCAGGCACAAGGGUUCCUGCAGCCCCCAGGGACUCAUUCACGCAGGUGCCGAGAUUGAAAUAAUGAACCGAAUGUCACUUGCAUUUUGCUGCCCUGGUGUACGGUUAUCUGUGCGUGGAAACCUAUUCCGGUUUGAAAUAAGACACUGAAAUGCGUGUCCAUAGUUAGAACUGCAGUGAAGCAGCACAAGAUUUCAAUUUUGCUCAUUCCGUGACUUAAUUUCCUGUUUCCACCCGCUGGGUCUCAAACUGUGGAGAUGUUGCAGCUGAUGUGGGGCAGCUGCCUGGCGAUGGGAGCCUGGGAGCAGGGGUGAUUCCAGACAUACUCUUCAGGGCGAAACAUGAAACUGCGAUCCUGCCGGCUUGUGAUGGAGCCUGGGGCCCUGACCCGGUGUCCUGCUGCAGUCUCCUCGUUUUUGGAUUGAAACUAUGUCUUAUUCCAUGAACAGAAAUAGGAAACCAGCCAGGGCCGUGUCCCAUUCCCAGAUACAAUGGGAGGACUGGCAUGUGGAGGAGUAUGCCAGUGUAACUGCUGAGGAGCCCACAUUGUGCCAGCCCUGCCUACCACCUCUGCAAAACAACAGGGCGAUGAUGUGAGCGUGCUUCCAUUUGGUGGGAUUGUUUCCCACAGGGUACAGGAACUCAGAGAGGUAGCUGGUAAUUUUUUUUUUUUUUGCCUUGGCUCAUAUUUUCCCGCCUGUGGGAAGAGCAGGUCAGUGUCCAAGUGCAGGGUUUGCAGCUGAAGGAGGACACAAUAAGACCAUUCUCUCUCCAAAUCCUGUGCUGUUUAACUGCAGAACUUGACCUGUGUUGCUAGCAGCAUGAUGCUUCUGUAGCACACGCAUCAUCAGGCCUGACCUGGUCAUGUACCUACCAGCUUUUGAGCUUGCCCAGCUUGUUGAAAAGGAACACAGAGAGGGGGGAGAAAAUGCUCUUACAUUCAUUUCUGGAAAUGUGUUCCUUUGCUCUAUGUGUGUCCCAGCCAAAGCCCGGAAGUGUGGGUGGUUGGUCACCUCAGUGGAAUACUUGAGACGAACAGUGAAGCCAGCAGAAAAGUACGCCUAGGAAUAACCCUACAGUGGGCGGAGAGCAGCGGGCCCUUUGACAAAGCUUGGGGAGCACAGCUCAGCGCAGGAUGGGGCAAGGACAUUUGCCGGUCAGGGGGUUGGAGUUCUACACCACCAUGAUGUUAGGUGAGUGCAUAGGUCAAACUCGGGUUUUUUGAAGAGAACCUCGUUAAAAUAACAAGCUGUCUAAUGGUAGUAUUUAUAGAAUCCUUUAAUCUGUUCUUUCACUGUUUGUUUUUUAUUUUUAAGUUCAAAGGCGUGGUAGAAAAGAAACCAAACAGUGCAGAUGCCCUGGGGGAGCAAUGGGAUGCAGCUGAUCCGCUAUGUGAUUGCCCAGCCAGGCUCCCCUCUGACCUGAGCAGAGUUCACAAAAACAUCCAUCCGAGUGUGCAGACCCAUUCCUGCUUCUCCUUGCCUUUUCCAGAUGCAUCAUUGAUGUGGGACCAGUGGGAAACUGGUCUGGAGCAGCAGAACCUGCCUGUGUGGUGAUAGCCAGGCGUAGGAGCUGCUGCCCCAGCCCUCCUCCUGUGGAGCAAGGUGCGCUGUGCUGCUGGGAGCUUCAGAGGGUCGUUUUCUGGGCAGUUGCUCUGCUCACCCAUUCCUGCCAGCUGCAGGCAUGGGUUGAGGAAGGUGCUGGGCACUGCAUCGUGGUGGUGAGCGUGGGGAGCUUGGCGCAGCCCUCACUCUGAUGGGGUGCUGCCACAGGCCCUGCGCUGGUGCCACAUCAUGUUUUGCUCUGCAUCUUCAGCCUCCCGCCCUCUCCAGAUGGAAGGCCCUGUUCCCUAUGCUCAGCCACUGCUGCCGCCAUAGAAAGGCUUUGUGUGAGCCAGCACAAAGUGAGGAUUGAUGCCAUUUCCCCUCCCCCUGCUAUGCUGAGCAGGACUGCAAAUGGCUCCAACAAAGGUGCCCUUCUUCCCACACCAAGGAUGGGUGCUGUCAGGCUGGGGACUGCGUAGCGGCACCAUGCUGCAGAUAGAGGCACCCCCACUUCUCAUACAGUGCUGCUGGAUCCCAUCCUUGGCCUUUCCCAGGCCAGUGCUGCUGCUGUGCUGUUCCUGCCAUGGCCCUGGGCCUCCCAGAAGCCCCCAGUGUGGGGAGCCAGGCUGGGUGGCAUUUGGCAGCAGGACCCUGUCCCUGCCAUCACUGUUCCUGCGGAGGAGGGAGGAGUGCCAGGGGCUCCCUGCCUGCCUGAGAAGGGGCACGGCCCCUCUGCUCCCCCCCAGAGCAAGGUGUGGUGCCAUCCUGGCCUCCCUUGCUCCCCCUCUGUGGAGGCAGCCGGCUCUUUGUCUGGGUGGUUCAGUGGAGGCCAGAGGUGCUGGGGGAGCGAAUCUGUUUCCUCUUGGUGUGGCUGCAAGCUGUGCUGGAACCUGCCAUGCCGUGUUAGCAUGCUAGGGAAUAGCGUCACUUACCUGGAUUUCAAUUCCAAAUGGCCUAAGAGAAUCUCUUAUCAGCAUUCAUUAUCUCCCAGCUCCUCCCGAUGCGUAAUAACAAGUCAUCACAUUAUUGAGGGUGGCUUGGAAAGGUUUCAGAAAGCGUGCAAUUGUACGGAGAGCAGAUUGUAAGUCCUUCGUUAAAUUCACAUUAUAUUUGUCCAGUAUCAUGUGUUUUGGGCAGUGGAUUCUGUGUUAUUUGUGAGGCACCAGGAUGAGCUGGUGGAGCAGUGCUGGCAGUGGUGUGGGAUUUGCCUGGGCUAUGCUGAGUGCCACCAGCUUUCCUCCGGCUGAGUUCUCUGCUCCUUGUCUGCCCUGAGGAUGGGGAGCCUGCCGGGAGGGGAAGGUGAGCCCCUCUGGCUCAGGGUGUGCUUCUGGUCCUGUUUUGGAGGCUUGAACUGUGUUGGGAGCGAAGUGGGUCUGCUUUGCUGUGUGCGUGCUGGAUGCUUGUCUAGGUGCCGAAUUGAGCUCCCUCCUGGGUUUGGUCCAUUGGCAAUAGCGUAUUCACCAUUCCUGGUCACUGGCUACUGUUGCUUUGGACUCCUCAGGUUGUCUGGCUGUUCGUGUGACAUUAUUAUUAUUUACAUAGGGCCCAGACUUGCUCUUUUUUGUUGCCUGCAGCACGAUGUUUGUUCAGACUGGGCAUUGUGAAGUGUAAACCCAGGUCCCACUGGCACCAGCACUCACCUCUGCCUUGCUAGAAGCAGAUCAGUCCAUUAUGCCUGAAGUGCGAGAUCUUUCCGAUGCCUUGCCCGAUUUGCCGAUGGAUCCCAUCACAGGUGUUGGUGUGGUUGCAUCCCGGAACCGAGCACCGACAGGUUAUGAUGUAGUUGCACAAACAGCAGAUGGCUUGGAUGCUGACCUCUGGAAAGAUGGCUUAUUUAAAUCCAAGGUCACACGAUACCUGUGCUUCACGAGAUCGUUCUCAAAAGAAAAUAGUCAUUUAGGCAAUGUCUUGGUCGAUAUGAAGCUCAUUGAUAUAAAGGACACUUUACCUGUGGGCUUCAUCCCCAUCCAGGAGACCAUCGACACACAAGAAAUAGCUUUCAGAAAGAAGAGGCUGUGCAUUAAAUUCAUCCCUCGAGAUUCUACCGAGGCAGCGAUCUGCGAUAUCAGAAUCCUGGGUAGAUCCAAACAAGCUCCUCCUCAGUACACAUUCAUAGGGGAGUUGAACAACAUGGGCAUUUGGUACCGGAUGGGCAAAGUUCCACGCAACCAUGAAUCUUCGCAGCCUGCAACACCUCCUUCUCAAGCACAGUCGUCGACACCAGCUCCAAACCUGCCGAGGCAUAUCUCGCUGACGCUUCCUGCCAGCUUCCGAGGGAAGAGUCACAGCGCUCGCCUGGACCUGGAGCACCAGCACUCAAAUCUGUAUGCCAUAUCAGCAAUGGAUGGAGUGCCUUUUAUGAUUUCGGAGAAGUUUGCCUGCGCUCCUGAAGGGAUGCAGCCGGUUGAUCUCUUGGGCAUCACAAUCAAAACCCUUGCAGAAAUCGAAAAGGAGUACGACUACAGCUUCCGGACGGAGCAGAGCGCAGCGGCCCGCCUGCCGCCCAGCCCCACCCGAUGCCCACCAGUCCCGCAGUCCUGAGAGGGGCAACCGGCGCUGGAGCAGGUGUGUGCGUGCAUACUACUGAGCGGGACGCGGGACGUGGUGCCAGGGUCAUCGCGGCAGACCUCUGCUCCUCCAGCCAUCACCGCCCGCCCUGCGCUGCACCACCUCCUCCUGCACACGCUGCUCCAUGCGUUGGGACUGCGCAACCCUUCGGCAGCUGUCCACCCUACCUUGUUGCUGCAGAUGCCUCUCCACGUGAGUACGGAGCAGGAGCCUCCUGACAGCCCCUCUGUUGUCCCCACUUUGUAACCCCUGCUGCAGGACAGUCACAAAAAUGAGAGCCGUAACAAACUGCAAACAGCAAGCCCUGAGCUCGCAGACCCUCAAGAAUUCACAGCAGCAAGCGCUAAAAGUAAGGAAGAGUAAAAGAUUUGGCAGAUUAAUCCGCAUUGCACCCCUCAGGCAUCCCGUCGGAGCUAGCAUGGAGUUGCUGAUGGGCUCUCAAUGCCCUGUGGCAGGAUGCCCUUGUGGUGCUUGGCCUAGCAGGCAGCACCAAGCUGUUGCGGAUGCCCUGCCUGCCUCCACUGAGCUCUGGGCAUGCAGCAGCUCCUCCACAGCCAGGAUCAACCCCAGACUGUAAUCGUUUGAUUUUGCUGUGAGCUGGCAGAGUCAGGGCCACUUGCUUGGACUUGCAGAGAGCCCAUGCUGCUCUGCGGUUCCUGAGGUGAAGCACCUCUGCUUUGUGCAGGGUGACCAGGUGCCUGGCAGGUCCUGGAACAACAAACAUCCUGUAUUUCUUUCGGGGCUGGAUGCUGGCAGCAGCCCCGGCAGACCCUGGCAGCUGAUCUCUGCCCGCAGCCACCUGCGGAGCUGAGGACACUGUCACCUGCCUGUCCCUGUUUUCUAGCAUUUGCCCUGCUGGCUGCUCAAUCCGGAGAUGUGCCUAUUCCCUGGGCACUCCCAGGGAAGCACUGAACUCUAACGUGGUGCAGGAUGAGAGUGGGAUGCAUUAAACCCUGACCUCAGCCUCCUUGUGAUCGCUGACCUUCGCUCAGUCCCGAGCCCAGUGCAUGUCCCGGAGAAGUCUGUUGCUGUAUAAGUUAUUUAGAAGUGCCCAUCUGACUCCAUGCUGCUUUUUCAAGUCUCUGCUGUAGAACAAAGAUACAUCAUGGUAGCAAAAUGGCAUUUUUUAAGUAAGUGUUAAAACGUACAACUUUUUAUAUUGUAAGAUACUGAUGACCUAACCCUAUUGAAAUGCAAUCCCCAUAGUAACAAAUAACAGGAUUGCCGCUCGCAGUCUGGGCUGUGUGGAUGCCCUGACCUGCUUUGCACUGCUUUGGAUUGAUCUUGCAUUUUCUAGUCAGACAGAAUGGUGACUAACAGUGUGGUUUGUACUGUCAGCAUGUAUUUUUUGUUUGUACAUAUGUAAGAUAUUUCUUGUACAAAGAUUCGUUUCUGGUUUUAAGGCACCAUACUGCAUUGCUGAGAUAAUGAGCACAAAAUACUGUAACAUACGAAAGGCGUAUUCCAAGUCUUUGCUCCAACUCCUUCCAGUCAGGUACAUCACCUUCUCCAGCUGCCUCUAAGGCAGGGCUGUGCACUUGAAAAGCAGAGGCCGCUCUGGGUGCAGGUGUUAAAGCGGCAGCUCUGCAGGUUUGGGUGACCCCCUGGAAGUACUCAUUUACUUGGAGGUUGCAGCACCAUUUUCAGUUCUUAUUUAUCCUGCAGGAAAGCAAAGCCAGACCUUGCUGCCAAGCUCCACAAAGGAUAGAUUGAUGAUGCCGACAUCGACAAAUGAACACACCAUGGCAGCCUGGUCAUUCGGCUCAGGUUCAUUUGAAGUUCAAAUCCACUCCAUACUGUAGUGCUGUGCCCGUCUCAUCCAUCUCUUGUCUUUCUAUUUUUCUGCUUGUAAUUUGUUGUGUAGCUUUCCGUGGCAUCCAUUCAUUGCUUCUCCUGUGGCUUACCGGUCACUGCAGGUAGGUCGAAGCAGUCUACAGUGGUGUAUUCCUCGUAGCCAUGGGACGAAGGAGCUGUGAAGAGCUGGUGGUAGAGGAGUGAGGGCUGCAGACUGGUGCUGGGCAGGCAGCGCAGAGUUAGCAGAGCUCCCGGGGCACUUCCAGCCACCAGGAGAUGGGGAGAGGGCUGCAAGGAGCACCUCCUUUAGCCAUGUCUUCCCCUGCCAAGGGCAGGGCUGACUGCAGCCACUGGAGCACUCGGCAAGGAGCAGGUUUGUUUGCUGCUGAGCCCCGUGUUGAGCGGGGCACUCCUGGGGUGCGCCUUGGAAAAAUGGGCAUGUAGCUUUGAGUCUCUUCCUGUGAGAUUUAGCUUAGCGAGCACCAGUAGAUAAAAUCGGUGCUGUUAUAUUUAUAGCAACAGUUAUGUUUGCUCGGCCUUGUUAGAAAUGGUGAGCUCAGCUUUCUCUUCAGUGACCUGAAAGAAACACUUGAUGGCUCAAAAUGCUGACUGGACGUAAGGCUGAGAGAAGCACCUGAGAAAUCUCCGCGGUCUGUUUGUGUAGUCAGUUCUUGCUCUUCCGUCUCUUGCACUGGGCGAGCAAAGCUGCUUCAGGGGUGCAACUGCAAGAAAAACUGAGAGAUCAGGUUGACUUGUGCAGUGCGUUUCAGUGCUGCACACUGCAAGGAUGCCCUGUAGUGAAGGCAUGAACAGUACAAGUGCAGCUCUUGUGGUACAAACAAAAUGGAAGUGUUUUGAGCAAAGAGCUGAAGCUGCUGAGAGCCAGCUGAGUGCUCAGACCUGCUAUUGGAAAGCUCAAAAACCGGGCAUUUCCAAAGCGGAGAGGGCUCAGAGCCAGUGCUUGGAAGCACAGCGAGACACAUGGCGCAGGGUGGUUGACUGUACAUGUUGUCUUCUCAGUCCACCAAUUAUAGGAAGCUCUUUAUUGCACCUCUCAAUUGCCAAGGUCUUGAUUGUCAGGUCAGCAUUUCCACAGGCAGGUUUUAUUUGCUGUUGUAUAACUUUAGUACUCCCAGAAACUCAUUGCAAGGCUGGUCCUUGCAUCCUUGCAGCGAGUCCUCCCUAUUGGCAAGUGCCAGAGCCAGUACCAGUAUCUCUGCAUCUUCCUGCCUUGCUGUCCAAAGGUGGCUGUGGUGGUGUUGGCCCAGGCAAUAAAUAUUCAUGGAGCCUGAAGCUGAUGUUGCCUGGCUGUGGGGAAGCCUUUAGGAGCAUGAGGGGAGGGGAUGAGUCAAUGGAAACAACAGAAGUGGAUUUGCAGAGCUUUACCAGAUGUGCUUGGCUAUCUUGCCUCUAUUUCUAGAGCAAAACUGGUCUCUGGGUAGGUUGAUCUUGUGGCUGAUGGACAAUUUAUUUGCCAAAUUAUCCACCAGAUUUGUGUGCCUGCAACAGGGACAGGAUCACAGCAGUGGGGGGUUUGGUUACUGUAAAAUACACCUGAUGUGAAUUAGUAGUGACGUGCUGCCUCUUGGGUUUCUCGCUGCACAGAGCAGGUCGUGUGCUGAGGUGGCUGGUGGCCCAGCCAGGCCAGGCUGUGCUCUCGCAUGUGUUAAUGGCGGAAAGGCAAGAAAUUAGUCCAGAAAGUAAUGUAGUGUGUGAACUUUGUGAUAAAAUUCAAGUGUGGACAGAUGUAGCGGGUGUCUUCCCUGUGGGAGCAUCUCGUAGCUGUAGUUAUGUAGGAAUAAACUUUGCCAGACUUUUUCCCUGUGACUGUCACAGAGUUUGCCCAUGGUGUUUGUAGGUGAGAAUCCCACGUGAGCCUCCUGCGUAGCGAGAGGCUGUUGUAGGCUGUAGCUGUGGCCUUGGUUUCAUACCCACUCCUGCUCCUGCUGCUUUCUGGAGCUCCUAGGACUGAACCUGCGCACGGCACCGCCUGAUGGAAGUCCCAGCGUUGGCAAGGCAUGGGCUGGGUGGGUGCUAGGGGCAAGGGUGUACAUCCACACCUCCUUGUCUUUGGGGCCCUAAAAAUCUCCUUAGAGGAGGGAAAACCAGAUACGGCACCUUUGGAGUUGACUGGUCCGCCGUUGGCCUUCCUUCUCUGCUGCCCUUGGGCAAAGUGAGAUCUGUCUCCCCACAUCUGCCCACUGGCCACUUGCCGAGGGCAGCCCUGGUGCAGCCAAUGGCAGCGAGCACGUCCCAUGGGUGCUGGCAGAGUUGUCCACCAGAGCCAAUCCCACUGCUCCCAACGGGCAUAUGCGUCUCACUGCAUUCAAAUAAUUACCUCAGCCUUUGAGCCUUGACGAACAGAUGGGAAUCUCUGUCGGCACGGGGCAGCCAAGCGGUGCUGGUGUCAGUUAUCCUGAGCCAUAAAUCCCGCGAGUGUUCAGCGGGGAGGGCGCUCCCCAGCUUGUGAAACAGCUCGGUAAGGUAUUGCUCGAUCCAUCCGACACAGGGAAACCAAACAGUUUAGGUGUUCUAGUCGUUGUGAAAUUGUUUCCUAACAGCAACAGUUUUAAAUGUUGUCAUGCAAAUGGAAGAGGGAAACCUUUUAUGCAGUUGCAAAAUGGUUUUUUAAGAUGCUAUGCAUUUUGUUGGGUUAUUGAAAGUGAAUUUACUGUGCAUUAAUCUUAUGAAUGUUACUACGUUUUAUAUUUAUUUUAGAUGCUCCUGUAUUUUACAAAGGGAAGUUUCAUUGUGUGAUAACUUAGCCUGUAUCCUUAAUAUAAUUUGUUAAAUAAAACUU